AUGGGUUCUUCAGUGGGGUCUCCUGAGCCUCCUGCUCCUGCUACGUCAUCCAGCAAGUACCUGGAUAUCAUUCGCAACACUUCUGGGGUGCUAAAGCAAGUGCUUGUCGAUUAUGGCAAGCCUUGGCCUUCUGCCAAGGACCUCCGUCUGCUAGUUCUGACAAAUGCGCAUGCAGAAAUGGAGCACAUCUUCCACCAUAUCCAGAAUGUUCGACUGGACCAAGUCUUUCUGAUGGAAGUUUUUGAGCGUGAAUGCUUCCUCUUGAUCACUGAGAUUAAUCAGUUGGGACUCCAACUGAAGGCUGUGGAGGGAUGGUUUGAUGAGCCGAGCAAGUAUCCAUCAGUCUAA